UUCAUCUGGCAGGUUUUAAAAAGGCAAGCCUACUCUGGAGAGGAUCAGACUGUCUGCAAAACUUAUCCAGAGGGGACUGUGUCAUCAACCGGGAGCUGCUUACAGAGCGGCAGGGACAUCAGCUCUGAUAACCCAGCAGAAACGCUAAAGGACAUUAUCGCGUGCGAGUUAUCUCUCCGUUGCAUUGAGUAAUCAGCCCAGCUGGGUGAAUCUACCAGGUGGACAGCCGGUGCUGUUGGAUGCCGUAUCUCUCACAGAAACUCCAGCUCUGAUUCCCGGAGAUAGCUCGGCCAGCAGUCUUCUUCUCAGUCCUUUGAUCUACUAAUAGGCUACAGCGGAACAUUUCAUUUCCUUUCUUUUUGCCGAAGGACAUCAUGACAGUCGGGUUUUGUCUGCUGCUGGCUUUCCUAUCAGCACUAUCUCGGUGCCUGGGCUCAUACGUGCCCUGUGAGCCGUGCGACCCGAAGGCGCUGUCCAUGUGCCCCCCGGUGCCGCUGGGCUGCCAGCUCGUCAAGGAACCGGGCUGCGGCUGCUGCCUGACCUGCGCCCUCGCGGAGGGACAGGCUUGCGGCGUCUACACCGGGACGUGUGCCCAUGGGCUGCGCUGCCUGCCCCGCAGCGGCGAGGAGAAGCCGCUACACGCCCUGCUACACGGCAGGGGACUGUGCACCAACGAGAAGGGAUACAAGCCUAUAGGUGGGUGCGGAGCAGGGGGUCUGUGCGCCAACGAGAAGGGAGACAACCCCGUAGACCACGAGUCACGUGAGCAUGAGAACACGGGCCAUGCUGAAGCACCGGAGAACUCAUACCUCCUUGCAAAGAUGCCACUGCUCCCUAAAGACCACAUGACCAGAAAGAAGGCACAGGCCGUGCAGAAUGACCGCAAGCGGCAGCAGGGCAAGUCACGGUCGGUGGGGCACGCGGACUACUCCCUGCUGGGUGGCGACAAGCUUGUGAGUGAGCUGGGCCCCUGCAGGAGGAAACUGGAUGGGAUCAUCCAGAGGAUGAAGGACACAUCACAAGUGAUGGCCCUAUCCCUAUACCUCCCGAACUGCGACAAAAAGGGCUUCUUUAAGCGCAAGCAGUGUAAGCCUUCCCGUGGACGCAAGCGAGGGAUCUGCUGGUGUGUCGACAAGUACGGGGCGCAGCUGCCCGGCACAGACUACAACGGGGGCGAUGUGCAGUGCAAGGAUCUAGAAAACACCGGAAACACCAAUGAGUGAGGAUUCCCGGCCCCGCCCAGCACAAUCACUGCCCCUUCCCCACCUUGUCUUGCUCCGCCCCCUCCUCCCAUGCAACACUUUGACAUUUGAGAUGCAAGAGAGACAAGGAGAGCAAGAAUGAAAAUGAAAAACGAGCGCCGGCAUGGAAUGCCAGCUGGGUGGCUCCCCGACUCUCACUGCUGGAUGCGGGUCCGUACAAACAAUUUGUCGAAAUAUGUAGAAAUAUUCAUUUAUUUUUAUAGCAGCUGGGGUUUCAGCACCGGACUUUUUCUUUGCAAACUAAGCUAACAGAACACAAGGCACUAAGAGAUAAUGUCUGUCUGUCUCACUGAUGAUACCGUUAUGUUUGAGAUCAUAGCAGUUCUGUACAUAAGAAUGAUUUGUUAUCUCAACACACACACAUGCACACACGCAAGCAGAUACAUACUGACUCACGCAUACAGUACAGAUACAGUUCUUACUCUCUCAUGUCUGAUCGUCACUUGGUUGCUUUGCAGGAAACCUCAUUUUCAGGAUAACGCUUGAUGAGACCGUUCAGGUCUGCAAAU